AAAAAUGAGUGAGCCAGGAAGAAGAAGACGAUUUUGCCUUUUCGGCUGCCCGGAUUUAGGUGCACCCAUGCACAGCUUUCCUCAUCCAGAAAGAAAACCAGAAUUAUUUAGGACUUGGUUGUCAAUUGUUGGUGACAGAUUAAAGGAGACAGACCCACUGAAAAUUUAUAAAAAUAAGAAGAUUUGUGACCAUCACUUUACACCAGAUCAAAAAGUGGCCUGUCAUCGUUUAAUAAAUAAGGCUGUACCUUCUGUGAAUUUUGAAGGUGUAACUAUGUCUUCUUGUAGCCUGGAAAUAGAGCACAAUUACCCGCUGCCAAAUAUUGGAAAUAGAAACACAGCAAAUUUGUUUCAAGAAAAUCGGCCAAAUGACGAAGAAUUAAAGGAGCGUCUUCAUCCAACUCAACAUCCUUCUACAUCUCAAACCAGUUUUGACAAGGGUACUUAUUUAUUUUUAUUCUCCGUUUAA